AUAUUAGAAGCAUUCUGACUGGUUACUUACUGGUAAGAAGUUAGACGAGAGGAAUGGUUCAAAAAGGACCGCUCGAUUCCGUAUUCAAAUGUCGACUACUAACAAACAAAACUCUGCUUCCCUAACCUGGCCUUAAAGAAAAAGGGAUUCGGUGACGGUUCGCGUGUGGGUGCUUUGAAAAGCAUCUCUAAAUGCCGUCAACGAUGGACGACGUUGAGCUGUUGAACGUUGAUAAUGUGUGCAGAUUGUGUUUAACUGUGGACGAACCAAAAUCUUCGAUAUUUCAAACGGAAGAUUCACCUACUGCUGUACCAUUAGUUACUAAAAUACAAGCAUGUCUAUCACUUCAGAUAUUGACUACAGAUAAAGUAUCCACAUUGAUAUGCUCUUCUUGUAUAAAUAAUGUGAAUCAAUGGUAUAAUUACAAAGAAGCUUGUUUUCAUUCUCAAGAUAAAUUACAGAAAUGGUUGGAAACUCAUCCGCAGACGACAAAUCCAGUGGUUGUAAAUAUAAAAGAAGAGCCUGUAGAUAUAGAUUAUUGCGAAGAUAACAAUAAAAUGUAUGAUUCCAACAGUGAAUCAAACACUCAUGUAACAACAAAUCAUGUAAAAUCUGUGGGAGGAAAAUUUGAUUCGAAAAUUGAAACGUCACGAUCAGGAGGAGGAGGAGGAGGAGGAGGAGUACAAAUUGACAAGACAUUUGAUUUAGAUAAAGAUAAGAAAGAAUUGAAAUCUUCACAAUCGUCUUCUUCAUCAUCAUCGAAGAAUGAAGUCAACAACAAGGAAGAAGAAUGCAAAUUAGAUAAACAAUUUGACAGUGUAUUGAUUAAAAAUGAACCAGAGGAUGAUGAAGAUACUGAUUGUACGAUAGAAAUAGAUUCGGUCAGUGGUACCGAAUUAUUAUUAAAUCCAAUGGCAAUUGCUAGCAAAGAGGAAAGAAUAAUGGAAGCUGAUUCAACACAAAAAUCAAAUGCAACUACACCGAAUAGUAGAAAAAAGAUGAAACGUGGUCCUCAUACACAUUUUCGUGGUACACGCGCGUAUAAACAAAAGUGUAAACAUUGUCAGAUAUUUCUACAUUCUAAACAAUCAUAUGUAAAACACAUGGAAAGAUUUCACAGUGAAGAUUGUGAAAAUAAAGAAGAUUUAAUUAAAUUGACGGGGGUGGCGGCGGCGGCGGCGGCGGCGGCAUCUUCUGCCGAUGAAGAAGAAUUGAUCGAAGAUGUCGAAGAAGAAUUGACGAGUAUGGAAAAUGAUGCACCAUUGACCGAAGUACAACAAAAUAUAAUCAGCCAAUUGAAAACAUUUUCCUGUUACGAGUGUCAACAGACUUUCAAUGAUAGAAAACAUACACUUAUUCAUAUUCGUCAACACAUGCCAGAUUUAAGACCAUACACUUGUAUCGCAUGUUUAACACAAUUUCGCGAUAGAUCUAUGUACAAAUUACAUUGCAGUGCGUCAUUCGAAUGUGCUAUGAAAAUUGCAUUGGUCAUACCCAAGGAAGGAAACGAAAAGUAUUUCACUUGUAACAUGUGUUUAAGACCUAUGCCAAAUAGAAAAGAAUUAUUGAGUCAUUUGUCUAAACAUUCAGAUAAACAAUAUGAAGAAAUGAUGUCACCAACGAGAUCACCACCAAAAUUACAACCUAUGGCACCAUUGUUAAGUCCAAAAAAAGAAAUUUUACCAAAAUCACCGUCUCAAAUGAGUAAAGUCAUUGUUGGGCCUUACAAAAAUGGUGAUCCAGCUCAUAAUCAUCCAUGUAAUUUGUGUGGUAUGAUUUACAGAUACAAGCCUAAUUUGUUAAGACAUCAUCUCAUUUGCAUCAGGUUAUCACCGGAAGUAAGGACUUGUUACAGGUGUGUACAUUGUGGUAUGACAUUUUUGGUAUUUAAAAAAUUUCAUAAUCAUAUUACUCUCGAUCAUAAGAAAAAAGAAUUCGUUUGUUUCGAUUGUAACGCCAAGUUCAAAUCACCGAGUGAUUACCUGACGCAUCACGAUAAACAUCGAAAAAUGGCCGCCAAUCAAAAUAAGGAGGUAACUGGUAAUCAGAUAAUGUCACCACACCGUGGACAGAGUCCUUUAAAAUCGUGGAGCGAUAAUGAGGAAGCAAGACGUAGCAUUGAUGGUCAACGAUACGUUUGUAAUCUAUGCGGUCAAGAUUUUACAUCGAGAGCCAAAUUGGCGUCGCAUAAGAAUCUACAUCUUAAAGUGAAAAUUUAUUCAUGUGUCAUUUGUCGCAGUAUGUUUAGCAGUGCUGGUGCUUUAGAAAUUCAUAUGAAAGAUCAUGGCAUUGAAGAUCCACAAGAAAGAAGUGCCAACAGUUCUUGCGUUGAAUAUGAUCGAUUAGAUAAUAGACCACAAGAUGUUGUUGUUGACACUGUUAACACGAGUACUGUCUCAGAUACUGGUGAUCGUGAAAAUAUAUGUAACAUAUGUGGAAAGAUAUUCUCCAAUUAUCCUAAUUUGAGAAGACAUUUUAGAAAUAUUCAUAACGAUGAAAAAUCACGUUACACUUGUAUACGUUGUUCGGUACCAUUUAAAACAAAAGAGCAUUAUGAGCAUCAUAUGAAAAUUGAACACAAAACAAAAGUCAUGUUGAUGUGUAGCCAAUGUCCUAAGACAUUUAGUUUCAAAGCUAAUUUGGAUCUACAUUAUAGGAGUGCUCAUGGUGAUAAACCUGGUAAUCAAGAAUGCGAUAUAUGUGGUAAAGUCUUUUUGGAAGAAGCGUCCUUGAAGAUUCAUCGAAGUUGGCACAAUCGAGCUAAUUCACGUUUCUACACUCGAUCAUUUUUAACCAAUGAGAUCAAGCCAACGGUAACACCAAUUUCUCCUACCGAAAUGAAUGAUAAUAAUUUAGUUGGUGGUUCGUCGCCUGUACGUCCAGCUAGGGCAAGAAAAUCAUUUCCAAAUCCACCGCCUACAAAGCCACUAAACAACGAUUACCAAUGUCAGGUAUGUGACAGUAAAUUCGAAGAUGUAGUCGAGUUGAGGAAACAUUUGUGGGAUGUUCAUUGUGCUCGUAAUAAACCAGAAAAAAGUUUCUCAGUUGAUGAACUUCAAUGUCAGUUAUGUACCAAUAUUUUUCCAGAUCAAAAAAGUCUAAAGUUACAUAUGGAUUGGCACAAAGCCAAUCCAAUAUUGAGCGAUAUACAAAAGCAAAGUUUCCUUUGCGAGAUAUGUAACAAACAUUACAGCUCGAAGAAAGCAUUGACGAAACAUAGAAAACUUCACAAAGCAAAUACUACGAUUAAAUUUCAAUCGCUUAGUAGAAAGAGUGCACAAUAUCUCUGUAACAUCUGUCGAAAGAUCUUCAGCAGUAAUCAAUCAUUGCAACGACAUAGAAUGUCUUUUCACAAUGAUUUACAAUCUCCUAGGUCUCAAUCAUUUAGUAGCAGACGAGUGUCCAACGAUGAAUACAAAUAUAAAAAAAUAGACGUUGAAAUAAGAGAAAACACUUCAAAAGUGUUCACAUCAAAUGUCAGUAGUAAGAAACCAGUAACGUGUCAUUCAUGUAAAAAAACAUUCCCAGAUAUGAGUGUUUUAUACAAACACAAACAAUUGAUUCAUAAACCGAGAUUAACGAAAAUGGCCGGUAAAACUCCAAUAAAAGAAUGUAUUCCAGUACAAAAUGCUGACGGUAGACUAUCCUGCAAUAUAUGCGAUAAACAAUUUUGGUCAAUGUCAAAUUUGAAACAACACUUUACUGCGAAACAUAGAAAUCAUACAAAAAGUCGUUGUACAACAGCUAGCUGUAAUCCGUCAUAUUCGACUAUAUCGCAGUCAAUAAAAACUGAACCUUCGCCACACAAAGCAACGAUUAUCUGUUGUAAACUUUGCAACCGUCACGUUUGGAGUAGAGAAGAGAUAGCCAUACAUAUACUAUCUGUACAUGGUACACCAUAUGAACCAGAUAACAACACUAAUUUUCAUAGGGAAACUGAUCUUACCACUUACGUUGUUGAAGGAGCAGUUAAUGCAACUUGUCCUUGUUGUAAUAUCAAGUAUCCUAAUAAUAGAGCCAUGAAGAUUCAUUACUUUAAAUUUCACGAAGCUUCGGACUAAUCUAGUUUUUUUUUAAAUAUUCAUACAUUUAGAUAACAUAAUUAUUGUUCAUUUUUUUUUCUUUUUUUUUUUAAAACGAUCUUACGUUUCUUCUCCGAUAAUACUACCUACAAUGUGUCUCAAUUGUAACGAGACACGGUUGUGUUGAAUGUUCAUUCAACAAACACACAAUGUUCAUUCAAGAAUGUUGACUUUAGCAAAUCUUCCUUUAACAUGGGAACACCACCAUCCAUGAUUCUUCAGUCUUGUAAUAGAAAACUAUACAAAAA